CUUGAUGGUACAGUUGAUUAGACAGCGACAGAGAGCACAGCUCGCAGAUGAGGACCGCCUCCAGGUGCUUGAGACCGGCCUUUGUCGCCAUUGUCUUGUCGCUCAUCUUGUGCCAGGUCGAGGGUGCCGACUACACGCUCAGGUAUGAUGUCUCCAAGGAAACGCUACAGAGUGUGACCGCGUCUGCUGACCAUUCAGCAGAACAGAGUCAGUUGCUGAACGGUUACAAGGGUCAGAAGGCAGAACAGUGUAAGAGUCAACUCAAGCAGCAGGACUGGGAUGCCGACAUCAGGAAUGCUGUGGAUGGCGCCAAACGCAAGAUUGAGUAUAUAGACAGGCUGAUCGCCAUUGAGGCUGCAGGGUGUCCCGCUAAAUCCAAGAAUUGUGUGAAACUCGCGAUCGACAACAAUACUGGGGACUUAGAAGCACUUGAGGAGAAGUCCAAGAACUCCAUCAACGCCCUCAAAGCCACAGUUCUUCAAAAACAAAAAGCAUUCAUGGAUAAAUGCGUUAGUGGAUAGUCGCGAGACUUUUGCGAGAUGCGGCAUGUGUAUGAUUGUAACACAACAUGAGGUUGUUAAUAAAUGUUUGAUUUGAA